UCACAGGGGCACAGGGAUAUUGCUCAGGGUAUCAGUCAUACACUCACUGCAUAAAAUAACUUUAGGUAAAUUUAAUAGCUUUAAAGAGCAUCUGUAUAUUCUUUAUUAUUGUUUUUUAAUCCAGGAAACUACCAACAAUGAAGCUGUGGGAGAUAAGAAAGGAAAUGCUGUUAAAAACAGCUUUAUCCGCGUUUGUCCUCUCAUGUUUCCUGGGGCGUCUGGACUGUGAAGAGCUAACAGUCAAACAAGCAAAGGAUGUAACUCUGGAGUGCUAUGGCCCCGGUGAUGCUAACAUAAUGAUAAGCUGGCAAAAGCCUGACCUGCAGUCAGAGUAUUAUGUGUUUUACUUCAGCGAUGAACACAUUCACAAAGACAAACAGCAUGAAUCAUUUAAAGGUCGAGUGGAGCUGAAAGAUCCAGAGAUGAAGAAUGGAAACUUUUCUGUGAUUCUCAAAAAUGUCACCAUGAACGACGCUGGAAAAUAUGAAUGUUAUGCUGGAUACCACAGACAGAGACCUCAGCUUUUGAAGAGCAUCAACCUGAAGGUAGAAGAAGACAAGUAUCUGCCUUUCUCCCUAAAGCCUCUUAAGAUCCUGCUGAAACAGGUCAUAAGAUUGGGAACGUAA